CGCGAGAGGAGGCCGCUGGGGGGCGGGGCGUGCGCUCGGACGAACGGAAGUGCAGGUGACGGUUGAGCCUUCGCCGCCAAGCUGGGAACCGGGGAGAUGGCCGAGACGGACCCCAAGACCGUGCAGGAUCUCACCUCGGUGGUGCAGACGCUCCUGCAGCAGAUGCAAGACAAAUUUCAGACCAUGUCCGACCAGAUCAUUGGAAGAAUUGAUGACAUGAGCAGUCGCAUUGACGACCUGGAGAAAAACAUUGCAGACCUCAUGACCCAGGCUGGGGUGGAAGAGCUGGAGGGGGAGAACAAGAUCCCUGCCACACCGAAGAGCUGAAGGCAGCUAAUUCACACUGAAGUCCGGAACAGCAUUUUUACAAGCCGACAGAAGACCGAAUGGCUUUCUGAAGCAACUGCUAUGUGUAGACAGAUUUUCUAUUCUGAAGUGUGCGUUCUUCUUACAACAUAACUGUAUAGUUAGUCUAUAUAGAGUGAUCCUCUCCCCUAGUUUCUUGAACAUGGUAAUUCCACAUCUUGGAUCUUGGUCAGUCGUGCUGUUAAAUAUUAAACACUAAAACUUUGGCGGUUCCUGCAUAAAAUUGUCAAAUUUUUUAGUGUAUUUUUGUGAAGUCAUUGUUUUCUAUCAUUCCUUUUGUAGUAGUUACUGUUUGAUGAAAGUUGCUGUGUAAUUUUUUAUAGACAUCUGGUAGACUCUUCAGUUAUAAUUAGAUUUUGUGAAGUAAGACAUUUGGCAAGUUGAGGGUUCUUUAAUUCUCAGCACAGAGUGUUGAGCCAACACCAAAUAGCAUGUUGGUGAUGCUUUUCAAAUGGUUAAAAACAUUUAAAAAUUGGUGAUUGAGAAAUCUCUGGCACUACCCUGUUGCCAAAACUGAACACUGACCUGCAGGGUCAUAUCCCAAGUCCCUGAGGCCAGAGGCUAAAACACUGACGAGGAACCACUGCCAUUCCUGUGUGUUCCGAUGUUAAAUGCAGAAAGUGACAGGACCGCCACUGUAACCAAGGCGCUCGUUAGUUAGAGUUUUGCAUGAGAUUUGAGUACUUGAGUAGGCCCCUGUGCUGUUCACCUACAGUCGUCACCAUAGAAAAUCUGGCAGGAUUUUACACCCCAGUUUGCUGUCUUGUCUGGGAGCCACCGCUCAGGAAAAGGGAACAGAACAGGAAAACAGACCGUGUGAAGUCCGUGCCAGUUGCUGGGCUAGAAAAUGCUAAAUGACGUGUAAUAGGCUCAAGUUUUUAAGAUUUCUUUAAAUGAUUUCUUACCUAAAUUCUUACAGAAUAAUGUUUUAUUAUUGAUUAUAGAAGAUAGGAAUAAUAACUCUUGCCACUCCAAAAAGCAUUGCUGCCCAGAGCGCUAAGGCCAGAAGCCAGGCGUCCCAUGCAACUGCCACAGCAAAGUGACUUGGUCUGCAAAAAAUGGGAAAAGUUCAGGAAUGGUACAGUGCUGCUUAGAAGGAAGCCCUGAAUGAACACAGUGUGAGUUUUUUAAAGUUUCCUAUAUCACCAGUUGUGUUUGUAUUGCAAAUAUAUAAUAAUAUUAAGAAAUUAUUUGUCUUAUUUAUAAAUUACAUAGGUAACACAAAGUAGUAGUGGUUUGGCACUGUUAAUCGACCUGCUGGGUCCAGCCUGGAGGGUGAGCCCCGCGUGCGUGCGGGAGGCUCUCAAGCCUAGUAUGGGGCACGAGGCAGUGACCUGGCCACUUGCUGUCGGGAUUUAGGUAGAUGUUGUCUUCCUUAAGUAACAGAUUUCAGAGGCAAGCUCCCCUGACCAGAAAUAUCUGCCGUGAAUAAAGGUGCCUGAAAUCCUG